CGAAAAAACAACUGUAGAAACUGUCAAAAUUUUACAACUUUCAAAAAAAUUAUUUUGCAUAAGAAAAAAUAAAAAUAAACAUGCUGUGGAACCGCAGGUUCUUCCUUGUGAAUAAACAGCAAAUAAAUGUCCUUGCACGUUUUCUUAGUGCUUCAAAAACCGACGAAAUUCAUGUCGUUGAACAUCCCAUAACACCGGGUUAUCUCUCAAGAGUCUUAGGUUCAACAUCAAAAUAUUGGAGCGAAGCACUAACAAAGCAUAAAGAACUUCAAACAGUUAAACGAGAACACCUUGUCAGCUCAGCUGAAACACUGAAAUCCCUCAACUAUACCAUCCGGGAAAUUCUCGACAAACCAAUGCUUCUUUAUCAAAAUACAUUAACAAUACAAAAUCGUCAUAAUGUACUCAAAGAAUGCGGCUGUGAGACAAUUUCUCUUAAUCUACUGUUUAAGUUUGUCACCGUAAUGAAUAGAGACAUCUCCACACUUAAGAGUCAACGUUUUCUUCCUUUUGAUAUCGAUAUUCAAGAAAGACUUCGUACUCGAUUCACUGACAUCGAUGUUUACGUACCAUCAAAAUAUGGUGAAGAAAUCAAAUUAAAAAAGUUACGCGAGAAUAUCUUGAACUUUUAUCUAAAGCAGCGGUUAGAUAUGUCGGAGAAAGAUCUUGAAAAACUCUGGAGAGUUUAUUCUCGUGUUCGUCACAGAAGCUUUAAUUCGAUUCAGCAAAUGGUUAAGAUUCUACUUGAUGAUUUAAAUUUCCCCAAAGAACGUAUCGCCAAAAAUGCUUUUCUCCUUUAUGGCGAUCCAGAGAAUGUUUACAAAAUGUUAGAACAAAUUCCAUCAAUUGAUGGUCAGGAUUUUCGUACAAUUUUAUUCAAGACACCAAAGAUUCUUAUGUCUUCUGCGGAAGGUUUAGUCAAAAGUUUGAAUCAUAUAAAAUCAUUUGGAAUAAAAGAAAAUGCAGUUGUGAAAUGCCUUGAAAUACUGACGCUGAGUCCGGAUACAGUUUUGGAUAGACUUAAUGAUUUGCAAGAUAUUGAGGAAUUUCAAGUUUUGAAAACUAAUCCGCGGAUAUUAAGAUUAGUUCAUUAUCAGAACAAAGCUCGUCUCAGGCUUGAUUAUUUGAAUCAACUCAAGGUUCGAUGUGCCUCAUUGCACGUGCUAUCAUGCAGUUCGGAUGCAUUUGUUAAAUUUGCUCGCGAAGGAUCAGAUCGUACAAAGGGAAGAGAUGUGGUGGUUUUUCUUUCAAACAAAUUGAAGGAAAGUGAAUCUAGUAUUCGAACAAUUUUAACUCGUCAUCCUAAUUGGUGCCACAUACCAGUUGUACAAGUUAAUCAAUGUUACGAUUAUCUGUUAACAAAAGAAUUUACCAAUGAAGACAUCUUUUCUAAUUUAUAUCUUCUUUUGUAUCCAAUCAAGAGAAUAGAAGAAAAACUAACGCUGCUUUACACAACUGAAAUUCUUCAAGAUUUAAAAAUAGAAGAUAAAAUUACAGAUAUCGACAAAUCAAAGAUACUUGCUCUCGUUUUGUAUUUAAUUGAAAGUGAAUUUCAUUUUACGGGCGACGGCAUCUGGACUGAACAACAUAGUUUACAAGUAGAGAAUUUCCAUAAUCUAUUGCCCGACUUUCCCGAGAGCAAUAAAGUUCAUCGUUAUGGUGUGAAAGAAAAAGGGACCAAUAAAACGACUACUGCAUCAGCAUUUGUGUAAAUAGUUGGAAAUAUUAAUUUUUAGUUACAGAAUUGAAGAUAGAAAUUGUGCAUACACAUAAAUAGUGAGCACACUUUCCUGUACACAUAUAUUUUGACAUCAUCAAUAAAAUAGAAAAAAAGCCUUAUUUUUAA